ACAAAUGGCGCGCUACUGUAGUUGUCAUGUUGAUUGUUGAAAGUUUAGUGCAUCGUUUACCGUUGCACCAUGUUAUAAAAAGAGUUAAUUAAUUCGAAUGGUUGUUUAUUCGUGCUUUAUUAAGGGGCUGUGGAUUAGCGUUAAAAGUGGGUGUUUUAGCGUUCAUUCUUCACAUGUUGUCAGUGUGUUUUGGUAGAAAAUGCCUGUUAUUAAACUUAAAGGAAUCAAUGUGGACUUUCCCUUCACCCCGUACCCCUGCCAGGAGGACUACAUGAGCAAAGUCAUCGAGUGCCUGCAGAAAAAAGUCAAUGGUGUCCUUGAAAGUCCCACUGGCACAGGUAAAACGCUCUGUCUUCUGUGUUCGACUCUGGCAUGGAGAGACCACUUCAAAGACACCAUCUCUGCCCGCAAGAUAACAGAGAGAAUGGGUGGAGUGGAGCUGUUUGCAGACAGACCAAUGUCAUCAUGGGGAACAGCGGCUACAGAUGGAGACACUCCAACGUAUUAUACUGACAUUCCCAAGAUCAUAUAUGCCUCCAGGACCCAUUCACAGUUAACACAAGUUGUAAAUGAGCUGAAGAAUACAUCAUACAGGCCAAAGAUUUGUGUAUUGGGAUCUAGAGAGCAGCUUUGCAUAAACCAGGAAGUGAUGCGUCAUGAGAGUAAUCACAUUAAGGUCCACAUGUGCAGAGCAAAAGUGUCAUCCCGUUCCUGUAUCUUCUACAAUAAUGUCGAUGAGAAAAGCACUGACAAGGAGAUUGUGAAUUCUAUUCUGGAUGUGGAGGAUCGUAAAACAGGCAAAAAGCAAAGAGUUUGUCCAUAUUACCUGUCACGCUCGCUCAAACAACACGCUGAUGUCAUCUUCAUGCCCUACAACUACCUGCUUGACCCAAAGAGUCGAAGAGCACACAAUAUAGAGCUGAAAGGGGCUGUGGUUAUUUUUGAUGAAGCUCAUAAUGUCGAGAAGAUGUGUGAAGAGUCCACCUCAUUUGACCUCACACCUCACGACCUGAUUUCUGCCAUCGAGGCUGUGGAUCGACUUCUGAGAGAGCAGGCCUCAGACAUCAGCAAAGCAGAUUCUGCUGAAGACUUUAAUGUGGAAUCACUCAAUUCGGGCUUGAAACUGGACAUUACCACAAUUGCAAAAAUAAAACAAAUUUUGGUGGAUCUGGAAACUGCCAUUAAUGAUUUCGAGAUGCCAGCAAACAAUCAAGGAAUCACCAAACCUGGCAGCUUCAUAUUUGAGCUUUUUCAAAUGGCUAAUGUGAACUCUAAAACUAAAACAGAGACUGUUGAGGCCAUCGAGCAGAUCACAGGAUAUUUAGCUGGCAGACCUGGUGUCUUUUUGAACACUAGCGGACUUCAGAAAGUGGCAGAUAUAAUCCAGUUGGUGUUUGUGGCUGAACCUGCAGAGGGCAGCACGAAAUCACAGACUGGAAAUAGUUUGAAGGAGUUCAAGGUUCACAUUCAUCCAGACAACAGCAACUUCAAGAAGAAGCAGAUCACAGAUGUUUGGGCUUCCUCUUCAACGAAGAAACAAGGGAACGUGCUGAGCUACUGGUGUUUUUCUCCGGGCUUCAGCAUGCAGGAGUUGCUCCGUCAGGAAGUUCGCUGCAUCAUUCUGACCAGCGGAACCCUCUCGCCGCUCUCAUCCUUCACCUGUGAAAUGCAAAUCCCUUUCCCAGUAUCCCUGGAGAACCCUCAUGUCAUCCAGCGUGAUCAGAUCUUCGUCAGUAUCAUUGAAAAAGGUCCAGAUGGAGUUCAGCUGAGCACGGCUUUUGACAGGAGGUUUGUUCCUGAAAACAUGUCGUCCAUGGGAAACACUCUCGUAAAUCUGUCACGGGUGGUCCCUCAUGGGCUGCUAGUGUUCUUCCCCUCAUACCCAGUUAUGGAUAAAACUCUGGAGUUCUGGAGGGCAAAAGGACAUGCAGAUCGCAUUGAAAGUGUGAAACCCAUGUUUGUAGAGCCGAGGGGUAAAGGCACUUUUACAGAGGUGAUUGAUGGCUAUUAUGGCAAGGUGGAUGACCCAAACUCUAGUGGAGGCAGCUUUUUUGCUGUGUGUAGAGGAAAGGCAAGUGAAGGAUUGGAUUUUGCUGACACAUACGGUCGAGGGGUUGUUAUCACUGGACUUCCCUUUCCCCCCAGGAUGGACCCCAGAGUGGUGCUAAAAAUGCAGUAUCUGGACGAAAUGUGCAGGAAUAAAAUUAGCGGAGUAAAGUAUCUGACUGGCCAGGAAUGGUACAGACAGCAGGCCUCUCGAGCUGUGAAUCAAGCCAUUGGCAGAGUGAUCCGUCACAGAGAAGACUAUGGAGCCAUCUUUCUCUGUGAUCACAGGUUUAAAAGCACAGAUGCCCGUAAUCAGCUUCCUUCCUGGGUGAGGCCAUAUGUUAAGAUUUACGAUGGCUUUGGUACUAUGGUCCGUGAUGUGGCUCAAUUCUUUCGAACAGCGCAAAAAACUAGACCGGUUCCUGUUAAGAAAAGAAAGGGAGAUGGCCAUGAGAAUCAGGCAGACACCAGACUGCUCAACACAGGCUCCAGCUGUCCUACUAAGAGUGUCUGGCCCAGUGACAUCUAUCAAAAGGCCAAAACACUAGACGCUCACGUCCCCAGCCUAAAAAGGAGAAAAUUAGACUCAGAAGAACAUUCAGGACGAGAAGGUGCAGCCAGACUUUGCAUUCAAUAUGAGAUGGAGAUGACAAGCAAAAGGAAACCAGUCAGCCUGCUGGACGCCCUGGAUGACACAACCAACAAAGGAGAAAGGGAAGACAGCAUGGUUGGGGAGGAAAGGGCGAGUCGCUUGUCUACUCUUUCUCUCCAGCAUGACAAACGUCUGGAUGAUGAAUCGAGGGGCGGGAAACGGAAAAUUAAAGUGGUUCAAGAACGGGAAACAGUGACUUCCCAAACUGCAAAAACUGGCAAGGCUUUCAUGAUGGAGCUGAGAAGAUGCCUGAGUCAUGAGAACUUCAAGCUCAUCAUGGAGGCGCUUCAGUCAUACAAGACUGCAGAUGACUUGAAUAACCUUCUGGCUACUGUUGCUGAACCCCUCACACAAGACCACAACACUCACAGUCUGCUGAGAGGUCUUUAUCAGUUUAUCCGACCACACCAUAAGAAAGAAUAUGAUGAGCGUUGUUUGGAGUUAACAGGUGAAGGUUGUGGCUACAAACAGGAGCAUUCAUUGUCCAGGGAGGAGAAAGAGGCUCUCAGGCACAACUCCGUGAAAGCUGAGAUUCCACCUGUAAAUCCACCCAUUGAGCAGCUGAAUUCUAGUCGACAGCUGAACCAAGGUGGUUCGCACCUAGGAACCAUUCAACUUAAUGGAGGGGAAGUGAAUGUGAGAAGUGAAGAACAGAAGCCACAAACAUCCGUCAAAGAAGGCCCGUCGUGCUCUUCUCUGCUGUCAGACAUAAAACAGGCCAUCGGUGCAGAAAAAACCCGUCAGAUGUUUUCAGCCUUGCAGGCGUAUAAAACGUCAAACAAUUAUGAACAGAUGGUGUCGACUGUUGUGAGCUUAUUGACCGAGAGAGAUGAAGACAUCACCCUACUAGAACGUUUAUCUGUGCUCAUUCGACCACAGCACAGGAAGCAGUUUGGUGAGCUGCUAAAAUCCUUGACUGGAAAUGAUUCUGUGGUUGUCCAGGAUUCAGACGUUGGAUCAAGUCAGUUAAAUCAAGCAUCUCAGUUAUCUGGAGGAAAGACUCAACGCAAGAUAUCAUCCUUCUUUUCAUGAAUGCUGCUAGGUUUCGAGAUAUUGAAUCCAUAUCUUCAUUUUAUUUACAUAUACCAUGUAUACUGGGAUUUAUGCAGGAGAGUGUUAAAAAAACUUAUAUUGCACAUCUGACAUAUUACGAUGCAUUAAAUGUAAUUUCAAUUUUUCGGUUUAUACUUAAGAUAAUUUUUUAAAUAAAUAAAUGAAUUAGUUUUAUAUUUCA